AGUAUAUUUCCUCCUGUAGAUACGGGUGGGGAGCUGAACUUCUCCACCUUCCUGAGCAUCAUGCACCGGCAGAUCCAGCAGGAGGCGCCGGAGGAGGAGAUCCUGGAGGCCAUGAAAAUGGCUGACAAGGAGCAGAAAGGCUUCAUCCUCGCCUCCGAGCUGCGAGCCAAACUCACCGGGCUGGGAGAGAAGCUGACUGACCGAGAAGUGGACGAGCUGCUGAAGGAGGCGGGUGUUGGAGCUGACGGGCGGGUCCACUGUGAGCAGUUUGCUAAAGCAGUGGCUCGAUCCUCCACCAAACGCUGACACCACGAAUGAAAACAUCACCGAGCUGCUAC